CGCGACUUCGAGACUCUGUCCUGCUGCUCUUCUUCUUCUUCUCGCGUACGUGCUGCACCCAUACCGAUCUCAACCGAUUUUCCGUGGCGCGUCUCGUUUUCCAAGAUCAAAGUCAUAAAAAUUGGAGGAACGGAAUGGGGCUGCUGCUGAAAAUGAUGGCCCUUGGGAUAGCCGUCGUGGCGGGCACCGCGAUGUACUUCAAACCCACGGCACAGCUGCCACCGCAAUUGCAGGACGUUUACUGGGGACCAGGCGACGAACCCAGUCAGCCGGACGAGAGCGUGCGACCCUUCAAAAUCAGCUUUUCCAAGGAGAUGAUAGACGAUCUGCGGCAGCGUUUGAAAAACACUCGCAAACUGCAGCCGCCGUUGGAGGACGUGGGCUGGACGUACGGUACGAGCGGCGAGUAUGUGUCCACUGUCGUCGAGCAUUGGCUCAACAAGUACGACUUCAAGAAACGUGAAGCGCUUCUCAAUCGUCACCCCCAAUUUGUAACCAACGUCCAAGGUCUCGACGUGCACUUUAUCCACGCGAAGCCCCAGCCGGCAAGGGGCCGCAAAAUCGAGACGAUACCGCUGUUGUUGUUGCACGGGUGGCCGGGCUCGGUCGUCGAGUUCCAGAAGAUCAUCCCGAUGCUGACGACCGUUAGGUCGGACGAGGACUUUGUGUUCGAGGUCGUGGCGCCUUCCCUGCCCGGCUUUGGUUACUCGGACGCAGCUGCCAAGGCCGGCCUCGGCGCCGUCGAAAUGGCCCACCUACUCAAGAACCUCAUGCUCAGGCUCGGCUUCGAGCAGUUUUACGUCCAAGGCGGCGACUGGGGCGCCAUAUUAACAGCCAAUCUCGCCUCGAUGUAUCCCCAACACGUGCUGGGAAUGCACUCGAACAUGUGCGGGAGUCUGUCCCCGUGGACUUGGCUGAGGAUAGCGGCUUACGGGCUGGUGCCUUCGUUACUGCCGGAGGACGAGCGCCAGAUGAUGUACCCGCUGAGCAAGGUGUUGUCGCAGUGGCUGGAGGAGACCGGUUACCUACACGAGCAGGCCACCAAACCCGACACACUCGGGGUCGGAGUGAGCGACUCGCCGGCAGGUUUGGCUGCCUACAUCCUGGAAAAGUUCUCGACCGCGACCAAGUACGAAAACAAGUUCCGAGACGACGGUAACUUGCUCGAAAAAUUCACGAUGGACGAGCUACUGGACAACGUAAUGCUCUACUGGGCGCCGAACAAGGCCACGAGCUCGUUCCGCAUCUACGCCGAGACGUUCAACAAACACGGCUUCGGGUACAAAAUGGACAGCGUUCCGGUGACCGUGGCAUCGGCCUGCGCGCAAUUCCCCAACGAGAUAAUAUUCCAGUCGGCGACUUUCCUGCGCGACCGCUUCGCCAACCUGGUUCGCGUGACGAGGAUGCCGCGAGGCGGUCACUUUGCGGCCCUCGAGGAGCCCCAGCUGCUGGCCGAUGACAUUUGGGCGUCGGUUGGAAGAAAAAAAAAAAAAAAAAAAAAAAAAAAACAUAAAAUGCUCAAGGCAGCGGCUGUUUUUCUUCUGGCCGUGUUGGCUAUUGGCUGGCAUUUAAGAUAUCAAGGGUCAUCGGAGGUGCCGAAGCUGACGGAUGUGUACUGGGGCCCGGGCAAGCCGGUAACCGAUCCCAAAGACGUUAAACCAUUCAAAAUCGACGUUUCCAAAAAGGUGAUAGACGACCUGAACGAUCGGCUGGACAAGACGCGAUGGCCGGCCGAGCCUUUGGAAGGCGCAGCCUGGACGUACGGCAUCUCCUCGACAUACCUGAAAACCGUACUCAAGUACUGGAGACACGACUACGACUGGAGCAAGCGCCAGGCUCUGCUCAACAGGUACCCACAGUUCAUCACGAAGAUUCAAGGUCUCGACGUGCACUUUUACCACGUGAAGCCAACGCUGCCAAAGGAGCGCAAAGUGCGCGUACUGCCAAUGCUGCUCCUGCACGGGUGGCCGGGCUCGGUCGUCGAGUUCCAGAAGAUCAUCCCGAUGCUGACGACCGUUAGGUCGGACGAGGACUUUGUGUUCGAGGUCGUGGUGCCUUCCCUGCCCGGCUACGGUUUCUCAACGGCCGCCGCUAAGCCCGGCUUAGGCACGCCACAGAUGGCCGUGAUGUUUAAAAAUUUGAUGAAGAGACUGGGCUUCGAGAGGUUCUACCUGCAAGGCGGUGAUUGGGGCGCGGCCAUAGUCUCGCACAUCUCCGCCCUGUUUCCCGAAAGCGUCAUAGGGACGCACUCUAACUUGUGCAUCGUCAACAACUUCAAGGCCCACCUGUUGACCUUCGUCGGGGCCUACGUUCCCUCGUUGGUGGUCGAUAGCGAACACUACUCGAAGAUGUACCCCCUGUCCCACUACAUGAGCCGGAUCGUCGAGGAGUCCGGCUACUUCCAUCUGCAAGCCACCAAGCCAGAUACCGUUGGGGCAGCCUUGACGGACUCGCCGGCGGGAUUGGCGGCGUACAUCCUCGAAAAGUUCAGCACGUGGACGAACUCGGAUUACAGGUUCCGGGAGGACGGCGGCCUCCUCGAGAAGUUCACGCUCGACGACCUGAUAGACAAUCUCAUGAUCUACUGGAUCACGAGCUCCAUCGCGACCAGCCAGCGGCUCUACGCCGAGGACUUAGUCAAGCCCAAUCGGGACCUCGACCUCAACGCAUUUCCGAUCGACGUGCCGUACGGGUGCUCGGCCUUCCCGCACGAGCUGAUGUACCAGUCGGAGACGAUACUGCGCGACCGGUACCGCAACCUCGUCCAAUUCACCCACCCGGCCCGCGGCGGUCACUUUGCCGCCUUCGAGGAGCCGGAGCUAUUGGCCGACGACGUCUGGAGCUUCGUCCACAAGCUCGAGCAGCAGCUGGCCGGCAAGCAGCGCGCCCUGGACAAGGAACGGCUCGAGGCCGCUGGAAAGAGGACGUGAUCCUGGCUGAGACUCGGCCGCAAGAAACAGGAGGACGAGGGAGGAGGAGGUGCUUCCUCCUCGAGCUGUAACAGCGACGCGUUGUUGUACCUACACGCGCUAAUGACGAUGGUGUUGUUGUUGCUGGUGCUUGUAUUUUUUUAUGCGCCCGUACAAAUUUCUUCAUUGUUUUUACCAUUGGGCAUUACGUGUGACUAUUGUACAUUAUUUGCUGUCGUGCCGUGAGGUAUAAUAAAUAUGAAUAAUAAAUCUC